AUGUCGAUGCCAGCUGUUUUGGAGGGCGGUUGGAUGACGACCCUAGUGAUUGGGCCCGUUGGUUCGGUACCUUUAGAUCCCGAUGACCCUUCCACCAAGCGCCCUAAAGCCAACGACGACGACAGCAUUGGCAUCCCUCCCGCUGGUUGGAUACCUGACUCCCUUGAUAACCGCGACUACCUCUAUGUCCCCCUUGCAAAAAACUUUUUGAAACCCCUGGUUGAUCUACGCACCAGCCCAUAUUUUGGCCCCGUUUUCGACCAAGGCACGGUCGUCGGAAGCUGCACUGCCAAUGCAAUUGCUUCUGCUUUUGCCACGGUGCUCAAGAACACAAACAAGACGUUUAUGACUCCUUCGUCCCCUCCCGACUCUUUAUAUGGUACAACGAACGGGAGACGCUAUAAAGGGACCGGGUCAGGAUAA